UUUUGUGGAUUGUAAGUGGCUGGAAUAUGCGUAGUAUGCGACAGAAAGCAGCAACGCGAAAUUUCUCAAAACAAAACAAAACAAAAGCACCGUGAUGAUAUGAUAUCAUAUAUAUAUGAUUGCGUUGUAUCGUAUCUAGUCUAGUUAGCUCAAAAGUUAUAUAUAUCUAUCAAUCAUAUUCAUAUUGAUAAUAAGAAGAAGAAGAAGAAGUAUGGUAGGAAAAGAGAUUGUUGAACCUAACACUUGCAUUAGGGGUUGCUGCACAAGCUCCUCUAUUCCCCUACACCUCCCUCCUUCCUCUUACGAACUUCUUUUUCCUAUUGCCAGAGGUGCUGAAAGUGUUGUUUAUGAAGGCACUCUGAAUGGAGACAAAGUUGCUGUUAAGAAACCCAUUUUGUCUCUUUCUCAACACAUCAAUAACUUCCACAAACAAUUACAAUUGCUUUGCAAGCUAGAUCACCCGGGAAUAGCAACACUAAUUGCCGCCCAUGCAAAACCACCCAAUUAUAUGUUUUUCUUCAAGUUAUAUGAGUCUUCCAAUCUCGGCCACAAGUUACAUGUAGAAGAAUGGGCCCCAACCGUCAAUGACGCGCUUAUGAUAACAAUGCAGUUAGCAAAGGCCUUGCAAUAUCUGCAUAACCUUGGGAUUCUGCAUAGAGAUGUGAAACCAUCAAAUAUUCUUCUUGACAUAAAUCUCUGUCCACACCUCACAGAUUUUGGUUUGGCUGAAUACAAAAGUGAUAUUAAGGGAGUUUCUCUUGAGAAUUGGAAGUCUUCUGGAAAACCUACUGGUGGUUUUCACAAAAAGAAUAUGGUCGGAACACUUGUUUAUAUGGCACCUGAAAUAUUAAAAAAGGAAUUACACACAGAAAAGUCAGAUGUAUACAGUUUUGGGAUAUCAAUCAAUGAACUCCUUACUGGUGUUGUGCCAUAUACUGAUCUUCGUGCAGAAGCACAGGCUCACACAGUACUUGAGAUGAACUAUACUGAGCAACAACUAACAGCAGCUGUUGUUUCGGAUGGAUUACGACCGGUCCUUGCCAGCGAGGAGUUGGGUAUACCAUCAAGAUUAGUAUCGAUGAUACGAAAGUGCUGGGAUGCUAAUCCUAAAAGUAGACCUUCCUUUGAUGAUAUUGUCAAGGAACUUGAUUUUAUUAUGGAACACAGGAAGGUAAAGAAGGUGGAAGAUAUGCAUAUUAGACCUUGUAACUUGUCUGUUGACCAACUUGUGGACAAGACUUAUCAAGAGAGUAUUAGCUGGUCUGCUCAAGGCGAGCUUUUGGCUAGGAAUACCUCUAGCUCAACUGAUUCUGGUUUCAGAACAUGGUGCGAGUCUUACGACGAGCCUUUUGCAUACCGUCCAAUACUGUCUUGGGGAUCUUAUGCUACUUGUGGGAGAAGGGAGGCUAUGGAGGACACACAUUUCAUUCUGCCCCAUGUUUUCAAUGAAAAGGAUGUCUAUGCUUUUGGUAUCUUCGAUGGCCAUAGAGGCGCAGCAGCUGCAGAGUUUUCUUCUAGGGCUGUACCAGCAGUUUUGCAAACUCUUGGUUUUAAGACCAGUCCUGCUAAUGCACUAGUGGAAGCAUUCCUUAGAACAGAUACUGCCUUCAGAAAAGAGCUUGCUUCCUAUCGCAAAUCCAACAGAUGUAUCCAGAAGGAUUGGCAUCCUGGUUGUACAGCGAUUGCUGCUAUUGUAAGUGGGAACAAGCUAUUUGUUGCUAAUAGUGGCGAUUGUCGGGCAAUCUUAUAUCGUGCUGGUAACCCCAUUGCUCUGAGUAAGGAUCAUGUUGCAAGCUGUCUUCAAGAGAGAGAGCGUGUUAUUCGUCAAGGGGGCCAAGUUCAUUGGCAAGUUGAUACCUGGAGAGUUGGUCUUCCUGCGCUUCAGGUUACUCGUUCUAUCGGUGACGAUGACCUGAAGCCUGCUGUAACUGCAGAACCUGAGAUAACUGAGAACACCUUACAUGCAGAGGAUGAAUUUCUGGUCAUGGCUAGCGAUGGUCUGUGGGAUGUGAUGAGCAGUUUGGAUGUGAUAAAUAUAAUAAAGGACACAGUUAAAGAGGCAGGUAUGUGCUCUAAGAGGUUGGCUACCGAAGCUGUGGAACGUGGCAGCAAGGAUAACAUUACGGUUAUUGUUGUUUUUUUAAGACCUGUAUCAACAGCAGAGAGAAUUUAUUAGCAUACAUUUUCUAUUUGAAUGCUAAAUUCAAAUAUUUGGCAUGGUAUAUUAUUUGUAUUUAUAUUCUUUAUUGAUAAAAUAAAAUUGUGUACAUUCCCCUCAAAAAAAAUGUGUACUUCAACAUUUUGGAUUAUUGAUAA